CAGUAACAUUUGGUGAGUGGAAAGAAAAAUAAAACCAGUCAAUUGAUAUACUACAUAUAAUAAGAACUCUAUCAUUUGAUAUGAUAAAACUCGACAUGCAACCAUGUCCUAUACAUUUUUGUCCACAUUUCACGAAUAAUUUCAGUACAUUCAUUUCACCUACUAUGAAGGCAUCAUAGAUUGGAUAUUCCUAUCUGGGUCUGGUAGAGAUUCAUAGAUACAGAACCUUUGCAUCGUUCUAAAAUGUUGUGCAGCUGCUUAUUUGUACCACCUUGUGUGAAUUCUUUUAUGGGUCUUUUGUUUGUAUGUAGCAAUAUCAAUACAAUAUCUCACUCCGCUUAACGGAGGUACAGUAUGUUCAUACAAAAUCACCAUAUUUUGAUGGGAAAAACAGCUUUGGUGAAACGUUCUUUUUUCAGCCAUGGCUUGAUAUUACAGGACAUUUUUUUAACAUAUUAAUUUUACUUGCAUUUUUGUUGUUUGUGCAAUCAUGUCCACGGUUUUGACUUCUCCAUGGACCCUCCCCCCUCAAACUCCAUUGCUGUGUAAGUUAGAGCUGCAGGGGCCAUGCUAGGCAGGGGCAUAACUAUGUGAGCUACUAGGUAACUUAACUCAUGUGAGCUAGCACUGACAGCUAGCAUUAGCUAACAAAAUAUACCAAAAUAUUUUGAUUUUGCAAACAGACACCAUGAAUAGGACUUUGUAUCCUGCUUUGGAUACUCGCAUGUAGCAUAUGAAUAGCUUUGUCUUUUUUAUCUUACAGAAUAGAUAUCAUUCUUUUUGGGAAGGCAAGGUAUUCCCACUGAUGAUGAAUUAACCAUGAAGUAAAAAACUCUUGCACUGAGAAAAUACUGCCAUAAAAACCAGUUCAAGUAGCUGGCAAGAUUUGCUCACUAAUAAUAUUGUAUCAUAAGCAUGUUUCGCUGUUGUUGCAAUUGGCGAGUUACCACUCACACGCUUCUGCUAGGUUUGGAAUGACUAUAUAUUGAUAACUAAACUGUCAUUACUCCACAUUUUAGAUUCCUUACUUGUUUAAGUCUUACAGAUUACAUUUUCCUCUAUGAAUUGAAAGUUGUAGAGUUAUUUUGCUCAUAGAAACCUCUUAAAACAAUUACAUACAUUUUAUUCCUGUUAAACCUUUUAAAGUUGCAUCAUGUACACUGUAUGCAUAGUAUAUACUAUACUGUAUUUUUUCAGUACAUUUUGAUAGCAAGUAUGAUGAUGUUUUUAAAAGGCAAAGUGUCAUGGUUAGUGAAGACUUCGAGAAACUCUGAAUUCUGAAUCAUGUUCUUUUCAAACAAAAACUUCUGUCUUUUACAAAUUCCAACGGUAGAAUGUUUUUUGGUAAUAUCACCGUAAAAGAAUUACAGUGAUUGGUUUUACAGUAUGCUAAAAACUACUAUUCUUGCUUCUACUUUACUGUGGUAUGAUGUACAGCAAGUAGCUGGCUAAUUUUUUUUGCCAGGAACAUUGUAAUUUUAAUUUCCUUAGCUCUUUCAUCAAGGAUGUACAUCUUCUUGGUGACUUUGUAUGAACAUACCUUUGAAAAUCCUCCUUUAAACAGAGUGAGAUCCUACAUGCAAUUAAAAAAAAAGAAAAAAGAAUCCACAACAGAAUUCACACAGGGCAGAACAAAUAUGCAGCUGUAACCCGAUUCUGCCCAAGGCUUCAAUAAAGGGUCACAUUGUUCUUCAUUCAAGUAGAAAGGUCCAAAGAAAAGCUUAAUGAUAAUCCAAUUAUGUGAGCUCUCCUGGAAUUUGUGGUUACGCAUUCGCUGGUACCUAGGAUAUUUUACACUGACAUCUAAGGAAUAAGCAUAUGCAUGCUAGGAGCUACUUCAUGUAAAGCAGGUAUGUUACAGAUCAAUCUUGCAUGUAAUUUAAUAUCACUGAAUUCUCCUUUAUUCAAAUGUACUGUUAUGGCAUUCACGGUGUUGACAUCCAGAGUCACCCUGAAUUAUGUUCUUAGUGUAUUUCCUAUUCUUUCAGGUUAAAGAUGCCACCCGAUGGAAAUACAAAAACAUUUUUUCUCCUUUUAUCUGUGGUGUCCUUGACACUGAGAAUAUGUCAUGGGGGCAAGAUUUUGAUUGUUCCUUUAGAGGGAAGCCACUGGGUGAACAUGGAUAUCAUGAUCAAAGCUCUCCACUCUCGAGGACACUCUGUUGAUGUGGUACGAACCGAUAAAAGCUGGUACAUCAAGGAUGACUCUUUGCACUACGAGACAAUCACGGUUCCUGUUACGGAGGCCUUUAAUCAUUACUUUAUCAACCCAAUCCUUAAAAAGGUAAUUGACAUAGAAAGGGGGCAGAGCUCUGUUAUGAGCUUUGCGAGUUUGCAGGUUGAGAUGUUUACUGCGAUGUUUGACAUGCACAGAAUAAUGUGCAAAAUGGCCACUGUUAUGUUUCAAGAUAAAGACUUGAUGAAUAGUUUAAAGGAGAGAGAAUAUGACCUGGUCCUUACUGACCCGGCAUGGGGUGUGGGUAUACUGUUGGCUCAUGCUCUUAAGCUACCUCUGGUCUAUAAUGUGCGGUGGAUAACUAGCGGAGAGGGACAUUUGGCCAUUGCACCUUCUCCUUUAUCUUACAUCCCGAUGACUGGCUCAGGGCUGUCAGACAAAAUGAGUUUCAUACAGAGAGUCAAAAAUCUAAUUUUCUAUGUCAUUUGGCAAGCUCAGGAUGCAUUUUUGAUUGGCCCUCAGUAUCAAGCUGUUUGUGAUGAGUUCUUUGGCCCAGAAGUCAGAUACAGUGACUUAUUACAAGGAGCAGACCUGUGGCUCAUGAGGGCUGACUUUGUGUUUGAGUUCCCUCGUCCCACCAUGCCUAAUGUUGUGUAUAUAGGAGGGUUUCAGUGUAAACCUUCUCAACCACUCCCUGAACGCUUGGAAGACUUUGUGCAGAGUUCUGGAGAGCAUGGAGUCAUCAUCAUGUCUCUGGGGACUUUUGUGAGUGAACUUCCUGCUGACAUGACAAACAAGAUCGCUGCAGCUUUUGCUAAAUUACCCCAGAAAGUCAUUUGGAGGCAUAUAGGUGACAGACCAGCCGCUCUGGGCAACAACACUUUACUAGUCGACUGGUUGCCACAGAAUGACCUCCUAGGACAUCCAAAGACUAAACUAUUUGUGGCUCACGGGGGAACAAACGGACUUCAAGAAGCUAUUUAUCACGGAGUCCCAGUUGUGGGUCUACCUUUGUUUUUCGACCAGUACGACAACCUACUGCGACUGAAAGAGAGAGGAGGGGCUAAGAUUCUUACAUUAGCCACGGUGGACAAAGGCAACAAUUUCUUGGAGGCCACAGAGGAAGUCCUGCACGAGCCCUCCUACAGGAUGAACAUGCAGAGACUCUCCAGGCUGCACAGAGAUCAGCCAAUGAAGCCGCUGGACCACGCCCUCUUCUGGAUAGAGUUUGUCAUGAGACACAAAGGUGCGGCCCACCUGAGAACAGAGUCCUACAGACUGCCCUGGUAUUCCUACCACUCUGUAGAUGUCGUUCUGUGUUUCCUGGCUACUAUUGCAGUGAUUACAUUUCUUCCCCUUGUAUUUUUCAAACAUGCAUGUCUUAAGAAAAGCAUUGAAAGAAAAACAAAUAAAAAAUGA